UCGCGACCGAGCGAACAUCAGCGGUCUCGACUGGAGGCGAUGAGCAAGUUCGUGCGAGCAUCACGCUAUCGGCAUGUGUACGGUCAGGCUGUCAAGAAGGAAGCGGCGUAUGACAACUUGAAAGUGUCUGCAAGCGCAUGGGAUACGGAUCUCGUCUCUAUCAAUCCAAAGUACCUUGCUGUCAACUACCAAGUCAGCGGAGGAGGAGCAUUUCUCGUCUGCCCCUUGAGCAAGACGGGCAAGAUCCCAGAUAUCUACCCGCUCUGUCGCGCUCACACGGCUCCCGUGCUCGACACUUCCUUCAACCCGUUCAACGAUGACAUUAUCGCGUCGGGCGCAGAGGACUCCAAAGUCAAGAUCACAAAGAUCGACCAGGACAAGCUGGAAGCAGCAUGGAUAGACGGCGUAGAAGUCGUCGACCUCCUGCCGCUCUCGACCAAUUUCUCACAUGGCAGAAAAGUCGGCAAUGUGCUCUGGCAUCCCACAGCAGAGAACGUCCUCACAUCAGCGUCGUACGAUAUCAAGCUGUGGGAUGUCACGCACGAAUCUGCACAGGCCGAACUGGCCGCACACCCUGAUAUGGUCCAAUCGAUGAGUUACAAUUGCACGGGCUCACUCCUCGCGACGACGUGCAAGGACAAAAAGCUGCGCAUCUUCGAUGUCAGAUCUGGCCCUGCGCCCAUUAAGAUCGCCGAUUCGCACACGGGCGUCAAAGCGAGUCGCGUUUGCUGGCUAGGCAAUCUCGACCGAAUCGUCACGACGGGGUUCAGCAAGCUCAGCGAUCGACAGGUUUUCCUCUGGGACUCUGACACACUUACCAAGCCCAUCAAGCAACUCACGAUCGACACGUCGUCGGGCACACUGAUGCCUUACUGGUCAGACAAUUCCAUCCUCUUCCUGGGCGGCAAAGGCGAUGGCAACAUCCGCUACUACGAAUACGAGAACGACGAUCUCGUCUAUCUCACAGAAUACAAAUCCAGCGAUCCUCAGAGGGGUAUCACCUUUAUGCCUCGUCGAGCGCUCAAUGUGAGCGAUUGCGAGAUCGCGAGAGCGUACAAAGUCACGAGCAACAUGGUCGAACCCGUUUCCUUCAUCGUUCCUCGCAAGUCAGACGCCUAUCAAGCUGAUAUAUACCCUCCUGCUCCAGCUGGCAAAUCCAACUUAUCCGCUCCCGACUUCUUCUCAGGCGAGACAAAGCCACCCAUCUACAUCGAAUUGGAGCACAAAGCCGAGACGGCAGCCCCGCCGAGCUCGGCGCCCACAACGCCCGUGACGGCCAGAACGAUAAAGAAACAGGUAUCCGUCGAACCGGUUCCAAAAUUCGAGCCUGCUCCUUCGAAACUGGCAGUUGUCAUUCCGGAGCCCAGCGAACCUGAGCUACCGCCCGUCAGCGCAAAAGCAGUCGAAGAAACUCCUGCGCUGGCCCCAGAGGAGACUAUACCACCUGUCGAGCAAGAAGCGGUGCCUAUACUCGCGCCUGUACACACGAAUGGCGGUGGCGAUCAUGAAGAGAUGGCAGAGCUGAAGAGUCAGCUAGCCGAACGAGAUAAUACCAUCAGACACUUGGAGCUCAAGAUCGAGCAACUCAUGGCCUCACGACAAAGGGCGAUAGAUCAUCUCAGCGCUCUGUAAUACAUACAAACGAGGCAUUGUUUCUACUUGGAC